AUGCUGCGAUGUUUUUGGCAAAUGAUGACGAAACGCUUGACAUUCCUUCCUUCUCAGUAGUUUUGAGGUGUAAGCAGCUGGAUGAUUUCCUCAUGGCUCUGCUCUAUUACAUCAACUUUUUUUUGGACAAACUCACCCUGGAGAACAAGCCAAGACAUUUUAUUGGGUAACCCAGUGCCUUAGAAAAGCAAGAAAUGAUGGAGACUCAGCGGAAGAUGGAGGUGACCAAAAAACACCUUGCCGAAGUGUACUGCGUCCUCAUCCUGGGACUGGGAAUGGUUGAGCGGCAUCACAUGGCUUGUGGAAGGAGGAAAACGUCAGCUGCGCAGAGGGACAGGGAGUUCUUUGAGGGCUUGUACAACUUCAGUUCCUACGUGGCCUUUGUGGCCUUCCGGCACAGGAACCUCAAGGAGAUCCAGGAGGAAGUCGGGCGCCUCCUCCGCACGAACAUAUUCAAUCCGGCGCUGAGAGAGAAGUUCAAGGCCGAGCAGGUGAUCAAGACGGAUGUCACCAAGGAGCUGCCAAAGAGCCCUUUCCUCUAUCGCAAGAGCACAGGUGUCAAGCAACCAGCCAUCAGGAGCGUCUUGGACAAGCGGUCGCCGGUGCUGAGCACGUUGCUGCCGAUGGCGAAAGACAGCGCUCAGUAUCUUUUCCAAGACCAUUACCUGCAUCCCAGCAGAACCCCCCGGAUCUCGUGCCCCGAAGACCUGCCGGCCUUGUCUUCGAUAGUGACACUGUCCAAGAUCGGGAUCAUCGGAGCUCCCCGCAGCAAGUUCAGCCCCCACACGCUCCUGCCUAUCCCUACGGAGGAGGAAGAGGAGGAGGAGGGGGAGGAUCAAGAGAACUUGAGGACCAGCUCCUCCUCCCUCAUCGCCCAAGAGCUGCUCAUCUCCCCCAGGGACAACCAAGGCAGCCCCAGCGACGCCCCUUCCGGGGCUACGACGGAAGCGGACUACGCGGAGAGCCCCCAGCGGGCCACGCUUGCAGAAACAUGUAACCUGCCGCCAACUCGGUUCCACAAGGGUGAAUCAUCCUUCCAGCCGGAGAAA